AGGUCUUAGGGUUGGAUAUCUGUGCCGAUAUAAUGAUAGGAAACAAUAUGUUGCGAGGCAUAUCAGGAGGGCAAAAAAAGAGAGUAACUACAGCUGAGAUGCUUGUCACACCCGGGCGAGCCCUUUUCAUGGACGAGAUAUCAACUGGACUUGAUAGCUCGACAACCUUCCAGAUUGUGAACUCCAUCCGACAAACAAUCCACAUUAUUGGUGGAACAGCAGUCAUUGCCUUACUACAACCUGCACCAGAGACAUAUGAAUUGUUUGAUGAUAUAAUUCUCCUUUCGGAUGGUCAUGUUGUCUAUAAUGGCCCUCGAAAAUAUGUUCUCGAGUUCUUUGAAAUAAUGGGAUUCAAAUGUCCCAAGCGAAAAGGCGUAGCUGACUUCCUGCAAGAAGUUACAUCAAUAAAAGAUCAAGGACAAUACUGGAUAAACGAUGAUGAGACAUACAGAUUUGUUCCGGUCAAGGAGUUUGCGGAGGCAUUUCAAUCUUUCCACGUUGGUCAAGCUAUAAGGAGUGAGUUAGAUGUGCCAUUUGACAAGGACAAAAGUCAUCCCACAGCUCUAAAAAAAUCACAAUAUGGUGCCAGCAUGAAGGAACUACUCAAAGCUAAUAUCAACAGAGAGAUAUUGCUCAUGAAGAGGAAUUCCUUUGUGUAUAUAUUCAAGGCAACUCAGUUGACACUCUUGGCAAUCAUUGCAAUGACCGUAUUUCUGCGCAUCAAUAUGCAUCGUGACUCGGUAACAGAUGGACGGAUAUACAUGGGUGCUAUCUUCUUUGGGAUCUUGAUGAUAAUGUUCAAUGGGUUUGCAGAAGUAGGUCUAACUACUGUAAAGCUCCCGGUUUUUUUCAAGCAACGGGAUCUUCUCUUCUUUCCAGCAUGGACAUACUCGUUGAUGUCAUGGAUCAUCAAGACCCCCCUCUCCUUGCUCAAUGCAACAAUUUGGGUUGGGAUAACAUACUAUGGUAUUGGAUUUGAUCCCAACAUACAAAGAUUUUUUAGACAACUCCUACUGCUCUUCUUAGUGAACGAGGCAUUUUCUGGACUCUUCCGCUUCAUUGCUGGCCUUGCAAGGCAGCAUGUUAUUGCAAACACCAUCGCUUCCUCCUGCAUGUUAAUUUUUAUGCUCACCGGUGGAUUCGUCAUGGCAAGAG